UCGGCUCUUCCCCUACCCACGCAAAACUGCAUGAAUACAAUCUUCUGGCGAAGGAUAAAAUCACUCGGCGAACGACAAUCGGCCGUUCGACAACUGGCGAUCAUUCUAAGCGGCAUGCUCUCUCUACUGAUCGUUGUCCUCGCGCUCCAAUACGGCGCCAAUCAGGCCGAGGAGUACACCUCCCCUUGGCACUACAAGUGCGAUGGCGGCCUGUGCAAGAAGCAGUCGAUCACGGAACAGACCAGCAACCCCGCCGCUCUCAGCGUCUGCCAGUUGUCAUGCGGUCAAGGUGGAGCUCUCUGGCCGAAGCCGACGGGGCACUUGUCCCUCGGCAAGUCCGUGCUCCAGCUGAAUCCCGAGAACAUCGCGCUGACCGGCGUCGAGCAGCAGACGGUGGUGAGAAAUCUUUUCCAGAAGAACGUGGAUCGGCUGAAGAAGAACAUACAAAAGCUCAGCGGCCCGAUAACGUUGAAAGACGGCGGCGUCGGCAUGCUGAUUCACGUCACACUCGAAGGUCCUCAAGUCGACGACAUCAAACUGACCUUGGAUACGAACGAGAGCUACACUCUCCGAGUGGCCCGGGCCAAUGGACAGGUGGAAGCGCACAUCACGGCGAAGACGUACUUCGGCGCUCGUCACGCUAUGGAGACCCUCAGCCAACUGAUCGUCUUCGACGAUCUGCGCAACGUAGUGCAAGUGGCCGAUGAUGCCUACAUCGUGGACGCUCCGAAGUACCCCUAUCGCGGAAUCCUCUUGGACACCAGCCGGAACUACGUGGACAAGGAGACGAUCCUGCGGACGAUCGAGGGCAUGGCUAUGUCCAAGCUGAAUACCUUCCAUUGGCACAUCACCGACUCCCACAGCUUCCCCUACGUCAGCAGGACGUGGCCCAAGUUCGUCAAAUACGGUAGCUACACGCCGACCAAGAUCUACACGCCCGAGAUGAUCAAGGAGAUUGUCGAUUAUGCCUUGGUUCGCGGUGUCAGAGUCUUGCCAGAGUUCGACGCUCCAGCUCACGUCGGCGAGGGUUGGCAAUGGGUUGGCGAUAAUUCGACGGUGUGUUUCAAAGCCGAGCCUUGGAAAGAUUAUUGUGUGGAGCCGCCGUGCGGCCAGCUCAAUCCUACCAGUGAGAGAAUGUACGAGGUCCUGGAAGGCAUCUAUAAGGACAUGAUGGAGGACUUCGAAUUCCCGGAUAUCUUUCACAUGGGCGGCGACGAAGUGAACAUCAAUUGUUGGCGAUCCACGAAAAUCAUCACCGACUGGAUGCUGAAGAAGGGAUGGGACCUCAGCGAGUCCAGUUUCUACGUGUUGUGGGAAUAUUUCCAGGAGAAGGCUUUGGAGAAACUGAAGAUCGCCAAUAACGGCAAGGACAUCCCGGCCAUCCUCUGGACUAGUGGGCUCACUAAUGCCGAGAAUCUUCAGCAUCUGGAUCCGAAGAAGUACAUCAUUCAGAUAUGGACCACUGGCGACGACGAGACCAUCGGCAGACUGCUGAAAAAUGACUUCAAGAUCAUUAUGUCGAACUACGAUGCUCUGUACCUUGACUGCGGAUUCUCAGCUUGGGUGGGCGAAGGUAACAAUUGGUGCGCGCCGUACAAGGGAUGGCAGAAGAUUUACGACAAUUCACCGUUAGAAAUAGUGAAGGGUCAGGGAUACGGGCACAAGAAGCACCUUAUUCUAGGUGGAGAGGCAGCUCUGUGGACCGAGCAGGCGGACAGUACAUCAACCGAUUCAAGAUUGUGGCCGCGGUCAGCUGCGAUGGCUGAACGAUUAUGGACCGAACCGGCAUACAAAUGGUAUCACGCUGAGCAGAGAAUGCUGAGACAUCGCGAGAGACUCGUGGACCGAGGAAUCGACGCGGACAGUCUGGAACCCGAAUGGUGCCUGCAGAACCAAGGCUCGUGCUACGCAUAAACUUUAAACUACGUUGCUGUGAAAACUUACACUUAUCUUAUUUGUACAGAAACUUCAUUGUUUUGAUAAAUCUGUAAUGUUACAAUAAAUACCGCUAUUUCUGAUGUUU